GACACUAGAUCUGGCUAGUUAACAUGUCUGGAAUGAGCGCGAGCCUACCUCCCAGCUGGCAACUCUUCAGGCGUACUCGGAUUCCAAGGUUGGAAGAUUAUCUCAUUCAAGCAUAGCUUUCCCAACGAUAUAUAAGCAAAGCUAGUGUGGUGGUCCCAGCAGAGCCAGCCUGAGCAUUGGGAGAUUCAUCCACAGGGGAGUACAGCCUUCAAACACUGGCAAACAUGAUGAUGAUGAAAGUAGAAGAGCUGGUGACUGGGAAGAAAACUGACGAUAAAGAUACCGGCAGCUUCCUCCCAGAGGACUUCAAAACUGGAGAGUAUGAAGCUGCUGUAAAAUUAGAGAAGCAAGAUGACCUAAAGACAGCCUCUGAUCACCUACUAACCCAAGUAGACAUGGCUCCCGGGAAGCAGAAGCAUGAGGCAGAGUUGAAGAUGAAAAAACUACAGGAGAAAUCAAAACUCGAAAGCUUGGAGGACCUUGAAAAAAUUAUUCAGCUGAAGAAGAAGAAGAAAUGCAGGAAAGUGAAAGCUCCCCUUUUAAAGGAACCCGAACCAGAAGUUAUUACAGGGCCAGUGGACAUAGCCAUGUUCUUCAGAGCUGCACUGGAGAAUAAGUUGCCAGUCAUUGAAAAAUAUUUGUCAGACAAAGGAGAUCCCAAUGUCUGUGAUGAGUACAAGCGUACUGCAUUGCACAGGGCAUGCUCUGAAGGACAUCUAGAGGUGGUCAAGAAGUUGGUGGAAGCUGGAGCCCUGCUUGAACUGAAAGAUAUGCUUGAAUCUACUGCCUUGCACUGGGCAUGCCGGGGAGGAAGCCUGGAUAUUGUGAAAUUCUUACUGGACAAAGGAGUAAACAGAAAUGCAAGAGACAAGCUUCGCAGCACCCCACUGCACGUAGCUGUGAGAACAGGGCAGUACGACUGUGCCGAGCACCUCAUUGCUUGCGAAGCAGACCUCAACGCCAGAGACAGAGAAGGUGACACACCAAUGCAUGACGCUGUCAGGCUGAACCGCUACAAAAUGGUCCGGCUUUUGAUUCUCUACGGGGCAGAUCUUACCAUCAAGAAUGGCGAUGGAAAAACCCCUAUGGACCUCGUUCUUCAGUGGCAGAAUGGCACCAAAGAGCUGUUCAACAAUCUGAAGAACAACUCCUAUAAGAGCACCCAACUAAACAAGUUUUGAAGAGACAAAAGCCAGACUGCUCUCUUUUUGCUGCUUUUAAAUGCUUCGCAUGAUCCUGGAGGAAAAUAGCCCUGAACAUACUAUAUUUAUUGAAGAUAUUUAUUGUACUAAAUUAUUUGAAUUGCCUUCACUGAAAAUGACAAUUCAGGUAGAUUGAGAAUUAAGUUUCCACUGGUUUUAAAAUAGCUUUAUUUAUUCCUAUUUAUUUCAAGGGUAAUUUUUAAUGGUUCUCAGUAUUAAUUUUUUUAUAGUUUUAAAUUGCAAUGCAAUCUUUAUCAGCAACAUGAGCCAUUUUAUCUUGAUGGCACUAUUACCAACCUUAGCAACUUCCAUCAAGCCUUCCCACAGUUCUCAGUAGCUAAUAUUUGCAAUUGCUGCCAUGCCUCUGCAAAAUUCUCACUUUCAGAAAACUGUAUUACGUGAGUGGUGAUAUGUGGAAGAGAAAAGGAGUAAUGGAAGAAGGUCUGCUGAGACCCCAAGUGGAUUUAAAGGAAUAGCUGAGUAAUGGGGUUUAAACGUGCUAUAGUGAUUGUGGCUGAUAAAGAGCUCACGGACAGAGCUCCAUCAUGUAGCCAUAUGGACUGCAGGAUUCAGAUGCAACGUGAUGAAGGUGAGAGGAGACGGUAUUGGAAAUGUGGAUUUCUUAAAGCUGGACUACUACAAAGUCCGAUGAUCGAAGAAUGUAAAAAACAGAUGAUGUAUAUUUGUAAAUUUGUACUGCUUUUUCUGUACAUUUUGUACUGACUUAUCUCAGAUUAAAUAAACAGCGUGGUUCUUUGUACUUGCUAGAGUGUAUUAUGGAACAGUAAGCAUGCACCAGACAGUUCUCUUGCUCAGUUCAGACCUUAGCCCCUAAAAUUUAUAGAUACUAAAAAAAAAAAUCUAAGCUGCCUAAAGCAGCCAGCUCUUGAGAUACCUUCCUGCCACUGUUAGAUAAAUACUGUCUCUUAUUUUCUUCCAUUAUGCAGAAACACACAUACAGAAACAGAAAGCCAGUACUUAAGAGGCUAGUAAGAUACAAAGUUAUACUUUUAUCACUGAGUUUGAUUUAAAAUCCCCUUUUCUCAGCAAUCAGUACUUACUGUGUGGAGCACACAAGACAGCUUCAAUUGUCCCAGUCAAGGAAGAUGUGCAAUCCUGCUAGGAAAGAAAGGUAUCUUUCCCCUUGCUUUAGUAGAGGUAGAACAAUGUUAAUAGGCUUGUCAGCAGAACCACUGAUGUGAAAUUUCACUAGGACAUCACAUGCCAUGUUCAGUUAAAAUCUGAACAUCCCAUGGAGCAGCCUCCCAGUGAAAUAUGCCACAGGCUCCCAUGAAGAUUCACCAGUCAGUAAAGCUGGCUUCUAGUGAGCAGACUUUACAGUGUGGCCAAAACAAAGUCCUGGGCAAUGAAACAAUGGACAGUGAUGAGUAUUUGUUACUUGAAUGCCAAUCUUGGAAAUGAAUUUACAGAAACCCCAUAAGGAGCAGGCAGAACAAAUGCCUAUUCAAUCUGUAACCAGCUACCCUGUGCUGAAGCAACAGAUUUAGACAGAUGAGACUUUUCACACAACAAGCACCGUAAUUUGUGUCACCUGAGAACACAUUUUUUUUUUCAUAAGAACCAUGUCAUGUCUCUGCUUGCUAUCCUCCUCUGCAAGCUACUAUUUCUGUACUUGUUUCUGCACAAUCAUCUGGACAUUGGGAGUAUAUCUUUCCAGGAAACAGGAAUUACAUCAGUGUUGGCUAACUCAUCUUGACUAUCUUAAUAACUGAGCAGCAGUUCAGUGCUCCUGGAAACUGGGAGAAAAAGAAACUUUCCACACAGUUCCUGAAGCACUGCACCUACUUAAAGAGCAAGGAUGCAGAUGUUACAUUUUCUGGAUGAGGGCAAACAAGUGACAAGGAGGAUAUCUUGCAUUCAAAAGCUUCUCUCUGCAUGCUAGUUACAAAACAACUCUCCUCAUGCUCAGGGUUGAUGAGUCUCUGGCCAAGGUAUAUGACUUACAGAAGUUACACUUUACAGGCACAUUUCCAGUGCUUCUUUAUUUGGUUAGAACCUUACUUUAGAGGCAAGUCCAUAAAUAAGAAGCCACUAUAUAUAAUAUCAAUAUCAGUAUUAUCUCAAUACCGCAAUAAAGCACUCACAUGAUGAUGUCGACCAGUAAAAUAAAAUCAAAGGAAAACUAAUUUUAUUGCUUUUUGAAUGAUGCAAAAGCUGUUGUGACUUACACCAGCAUUUUAUAAAACUGUGACUCUACUGAGAGCUUUGUUAGCUCCUAAGAGCUCAGAGAUAACCCACCGCAAGGCUUCUGCGGUACUUUACACAUCACAACUUGUGCUUCUCAGCUUGUUGUCAGGUAAGAAUAGAGAAUCACAGAAUCAUUAAGGUUGGAAAAGAUCACUAAGAUCUGGUCCAACCAUCCCUCAACACCAAGCCCACUAACCACACCACAUCCAUGACUUUCUUGAACAUGUCCAUGGACAGUGAAUCCAUCACCUCCUGGGCAGCCUGUGCCAGUGCAUCACCACUGCUUCUGAGAAGAAAUUUUUCCUAAUAUCCAAUCUGAACCUCUCCUGCUGCAAAUUGAGGCCAUUACCUCUCGUUCUACCACUGUUACUUGAAAGAGGCUGACCAUCACCUCAUUAUAACCUCCUUUCAGGGACAUGUAGGGGAACAAUAAGGUCUUCCCGGAGCCUCCUCUUCUCCAGACUGAACAAUCCCAGUUCCCUCAGCCCAUAUUACCUGCUUUCCAGAUCUUUCACAGCUUCGUUGCCCUCCUCUGGACACGCUCCAAGGCUUCAGCAUCUUUCAUGGGGCAACACAGAAUUGGAAUAUUGGAAUAUUCAGAGUAAAGGUGCCACAAAAGCAUCUCAAGUACAGCAUCUUACAUAAUUUUUAUAUUGGUCAAAAGAGAAACUUCAGUCAACAUUUGGAAGAUGUCUGAAAAUGCCUCACUGAUUAGAAAUCUGUUGUGACUGCUUUUUUGGAUUAGAUUUACUGAAGCACUAACGGGAAGUUAAUUGGAAAGUCAGGAGGCAGCAAAACAACCUGGACAUAAAAAAAAAAAGACAUAACAGUAACAGUUGUGUGACAUGGAGAUUGCUCAGGCCUAGGUGAGACAGCUGUUAUGCUGCAACAGCACACCAUGCUGAGCACACAUUCAGGAUAACCUUGGGCUCUUCCUAUCCAUGGCAAAUGUCUCAUGUUACUGUUUGGCUUUAAGUUGGGAUGGUUUGAUUCCAAAGGCAGAGAGAACCUUUGUGCUGUGUGUCUAACAGGUUGAUUUAGGCACUGCUCCUCUGAUACAAACUCAAGAUUUCUCCUAGCAAGCAACAUAUACUAGA